AUGAAGAUCCUUUUUUUAUCCACCUUCUCCAUUUUUUUGUUGUCUGCUUUUGAUCCAGCAGACUCUUCUGCUCAUUAUGACAAGAUUUUGUCCCAUAGUCGAAUCAGGGCACGUGAGCAGGGUCCAAAUGUCUGUGCUCUUCAGCAAGUUAUGGGCACCAAAAAGAAAUAUUUCAGCACCUGCAGAAACUGGUAUCAGGGAGCUAUCUGUGGGAAGAAAGCAACUGUCUUGUAUGAAUGUUGCCCUGGCUACAUGAAGAUGGAUGGAAUGAGAGGUUGUCCGGCAGUUGCUCCUAUUGAUCAUGUUUAUGGUACCCUGGGCAUUGUGGGAGCAACCUCUACUCAACGGUAUUCUGAUAUGUCAAAGCUGAGAGAAGAGAUUGAAGGACGGGGAUCAUUCACAUUCUUUUCACCAAGCAAUGAUGCUUGGGAGCUGUUGGAUCGAGAAAUUCAUAGUAAUUUAAUUGACAAUGUAAAUAUUGAACUGUACAAUGCCCUCCACAACCAUAUGGUAAACAAGCGUAUGUUGACAAAGGAUCUUAAGAAUGGCCUGACUCUUGUAUCCAUGUACAAUGAUCAGCAACUGCUUAUUAAUCAUUAUCCUAAUGGGGUUGUUACUGUUAACUGUGCCAGAAUCAUCCAUGGCAACCAGAUUGCUACAAACGGUGUCGUUCAUGUCAUUGACCGUGUCCUGACCCCUGUUGGAAAUACCAUUCAAGAGUUCCUUGAAGCUGAGGAUGAUGUCUCAUCUCUUAGAGCUGCUGCCAUUACAUCUGGUGUAUUGGACACACUUGGAAAGCCCGGCCAUUACACACUCUUUGCUCCUACUAAUGAAGCUUUUGAGAAACUUCCACGGGGAGUCUUGGAAAGGAUCAUGGGCGACAAGGUGGCCUCUGAAGCUCUCAUGAAGUUCCAUAUUUUAAACACUCUUCAAUGCUCUGAAGCCAUCAUGGGUGGAGCAGUCUAUGAGACCUUGGAAGGGAGUACAAUUGAAGUAGGUUGUGAUGGUGAAAGCCUGACUGUAAAUGGAGUCAAGAUGAUAAACCGCAAAGACAUUGUGACAAGCAACGGUGUUAUCCACCUCAUUGACCAUGUGCUGAUUCCUAACUCUGCCAAGCAAGUUAUUGAGCUUGCAAGUGACCAGCAGACCACCUUCAUAGACCUUUUGGCACAGCUGGGAUUGGUUUCUUCUCUAAGGCCAGAGGGACAAUACACUCUGCUGGCUCCUCUGAAUGGUGCUUUCUCGGAUGACACUUUGAGGAUGGACCAACGCCUUCUUAAACUGAUCAUGCAAAACCACAUUUUGAAAGUGAAAAUUGGCCUCAGUGAGCUCUACAAUGGACAGAAGGUGGAGACCUUGGGAGGAAAACGACUCAGAAUCUUUGUAUACCGCACAGCUGUAUGUAUUGAAAAUUCAUGCAUGGUAAGAGGAAGCAAAGAGGGAAGGAAUGGUGUUAUUCACAUUUUCAGACAGAUCAUCAAACCAGCCGAAAAGUCACUGCGUGAAGUGUUGAAGAAUGAUAAGCGCUUUAGCAUAUUCCUUAAUCUGGUGAAAGAAGCCGAUUUAGAUGAUGUUCUAUCACAACCUGGAGAAUGGACUUUGUUUGUCCCAACUAAUGAGGCCUUUAAAGGCUUGACGGAUGAGGAAAAGGAAAUACUGAGAAGGGACAAAAACGCUCUCAGGACUAUUCUUCUUUAUCACCUGACAAAAGGAAUUUACGUUGGAAGCGGUUUUGAACCUGGUGUGACAAACAUUCUCAAAACUAUCCAAGGAAGCAAACUGUACAUGAAAACAGUAAAUGACACACUUCUGGUGAAUGAACUGAAAUCAAAAGAAUCUGAUCUCAUGGCAACUAAUGGUGUUAUUCAUGUUAUAGAUCAACUCUUGUAUCCAGUAGAUGUACCUGUUGGAAAUGAUCAGUUGCUCACCAUCCUUAAUAAGAUGAUUAAAUACAUUCAAAUUAAGUUUAUUCAUGGCAGCCGCUUCCAAGAGAUCCCCCUGACAUUUUUCACAUCUAAAUUUAAAGUGAAGCCAAAUAUUAAAGUGAUUGAAGGCAGCCUCCAGCCCAUCACCAGAAAAGAGGAAAAACCAGGUAGAAAAAUCACGAAAGUAGUUGGUGGUGCAACAAUUCGAAAAGUUACUCAAGGCACGAGAAUAAUCGAAGGGGAACCAGAAACAAAAUUGUUUAGAGAAGGCGAGACAAUAACUAAAGUGAUUCAUGGAGAGCCUAUUAUUGAAACAUACACCAAAAUAAUUGAUGGCCAUCCUGUCGAGGUGACUGAAAAAAAAGUGACAGAAGAGAGAAUUAUUCAAGGUCCUGAAAUUAAAUAUACCCGAAUUACUGCGGGUGGUAGAGGAGAUACGGAGGAACAUUUGAAGAAAUUGCUUGAAGAAGAGGUUACCAAGGUGACCAAAUUCAUUGAAGGAGAUGGUCAUUUACUUGAAGAUGAAGAAAUCAAAAGACUCCUGCAGGGAGCUGGAACUGAGUACACCAAGGUUACUAAAGUAAUUGAGGGAGAGCCACUGAUUAUCGAGAGAGAAAUCAAGGAAGUCCAUCUGGAAGAUACAGCAGUGAGGAAACCAAAACCACCCAAAAAGGCACAAGGAACACCACGGAGAAGGACAAGGCUAGUUCGUCCUUAG